GCAUUUCCAAGGUAACGAUUACCUGGUGGGAACAAAAAUCUGUCAUCGAAGUAUGUCAUUAGUUUUUAUCUGAUGCCAAUUGAAAGAUAGAAUGCAGAGGGUGUAUAAGGUGCAGAUCUCGAUUAUAUGUAUUGUAGCAAAUGAAUUUUGUGAGAGGUUCUCCUUUUGCGGAUUACGAACUAUUUUAUCCAUAUAUUUGAGAAAUGAACUCAUGCUGAGUGAAAAUUCAUCUACCAUAGUAUACCAUGUUUUCAUAAUGGGAUGUUACAUAAUACCAACUAUAGGAGCUAUAUGUGCAGAUAGUUUCAUUGGAAAAUAUAGAACAAUACUUUAUUUUUCCCUAAUAUAUCUGGUCGGAAAUAUUCUGAUGUGUGGAGCAUCUGUAACAAGUAUUGAAUUAUCUAAGAUAUUCUUCACUCCGUUCGGACUACUUCUAAUUGCAUUGGGAACAGGAGGUGUAAAACCGUGUGUUGCAGCAUUUGGAGGAGACCAAUUCUAUUUACCAGACCAAUGUGAAGAACUUCAGCAUUUCUUCUCCCUUUUUUAUUUCAGUAUAAAUUUGGGUGGUUUUAUGGGAAUGAUAAUAACACCUUUAUUGAGGAAAAAUGUAACAUGUUUUGGAGAAGACACAUGUUAUCCUUUGGGAUUUGGAUUCCCAGCUGCUCUCAUGUUACUUUCGAUAGUUCUCUUCAUAAUUGGAAAACCAUGGUAUAGACUGAAAAAUCCCAAGGAUAAUAUAAUGCUGAACUUUAUGAAAUGUGCUUCGUAUGCUUUAGUGAAGCGAAUGUCAGCCAAGAAGAAAAAAUACGAUCACUGGUUGGAUUACGCCCAGGAGAAAUAUAAUAGAAAAUUGAUAGAUGAUAUGAAAAUAGUUUUCUCAGUGCUAUUCUUAUUUUUGCCGGUACCACUAUUCUGGUCUCUAUUUGAUCAACAGGGCUCCAGAUGGACAUUUCAAGCAUCCCACAUGAAUGGUAAAGUACUGGGACUGGAGAUAGUUCCGGAUCAAAUGCAAGUCAUAAACCCAGCCAUGGUGUUGCUCAUGAUCCCCAUAAUGGACACUUGCCUAAAACCGCUCUUCACUGUCUGUCCAGUGCUCCAGAACAAUUUGAAUCGCAUGGCCAUAGGCGGAGUAGCGGCGAGCUUUGCCUUCUUCUCGGCUGGCAUUCUGGAGACGGUGCUCGAAAAAACUUAUCCAGAAUUACCAGAAAAAAGACAUGCAUCCAUGUUCAUCGUGAACACACUGCCCUGCACGCUGAAAGUUCUUAACCCCUUCGGCAAGAUGAUGGAAAUGAAUUCGAGUGAAUUGAGGACGUUUAAGAAUUUACCCGCACAUGAACACCAUAUGUAUAGGAUAUCUGUCGAAGCUCCUAGAGUUUGUGGUAAUCUUUUCUUCCAGAAACAUUUUUUUGAGAUGACCAUCAAUCCAGUUGAAGAUCAGGUAGAAACUGUCAUCAUAGGUGUGGGAGAUAGAAACAGAAUAGAAAUAUUCCAGACAGAUCCUAUUGAUUUCAAGAAAUCUCUCAAUGGAAGAGCCAGAGUCAGGAUUGCAUAUAUAAAAACCAGCAGUUCUCUGCACAAUGUGACAAUAAGCCUGAAGAAUGGAAAAGGUUUUCAGGAUGUUUAUUUCGUACAAGAUUCUAAGAACAAUUACCUUGCUACAUCGGCUUAUAUGGAACUCCCAGAUGGAGAUUACAAUUGUUCGAUAAAUAGCUAUGAAAUACCAGAAUUAUUGACGAGAAGCAUUGAAUUGGAUUUUGGUGGAAUAUAUGCUCUGGUAAUACGUGAGAACAGACGUAGAAUAGAGUUUUUCAAUAUUUAUCCGAUGGCAGCGCCUAACACCGUCAGCAUAUUGUGGUUGAUACCUCAAUAUUUUUUCAUUUCUGUUGCUGAAAUCUUCUUUGCUAUUGCUGGUUUAGAAUUUGCAUUCAUGCAGGCACCAAAAUCUAUGAAGACAGUGACUAUUGCAGGUUGGUAUUUAAGCGUAGCUGUAGGCAAUUUUUUCGUCAUACUGAUUACCCAAGCGAAUUUCUUCAAGAGUCAGGCUUAUGAAUUUUUUCUGUUUGCUAUUCUUAUUAUUGCCGACAUGUUGGUUUUUCUGGAGAUGGCUUCAAGAUACAGAUUCGUUCAAUUGGAAGCAGACAGUUCCAUAUACCUCUUCCGUGGCGAAAAAUGCCCACUUAUCCGUGGAGAUUCAGCACCUACAUACAGUAAUGAUGAGGAAGAGGAAGAAGAAGAGGAGGUGAAGAACGUUACAUAGCAGACAUUAAUUUGUGAUUUUGAUAUGACUUCAUAUCAGUUAAGCAUAUUUUCAGCGAUUAUCUAUAUAUUUUUCCACAAGUUUCUACUUAACUUUUAUAUAUGAAAAAUAUUGUACUUACCUACUUUAAGGAAAGAAAACAGAAUACAUAUAUGAUAUCUACAA